AUGGCUGAGGUUGACCACCCAUGCUCCAGCGCAGCCAGCAAACAGUGUCCAUCACAAUAUGGCGACGAUUCCCAUACCCUCCAGGUUAAAUACAAGGACGUUGACGAGUUGGACGCUGAUGAAUGGACUCUUGUUCAUAAGCGUGGCGAAAUCAUCGAACUCGAUGUGCUGGGUGAAGGAGCUGGUGGUAGUGUCAGUCGAUGUCGUCUUAAGAACGGGUCAAAAAUAUUUGCCCUGAAAACAAUCAUAUCUGAUAAUUGUGCAGAUACCCAGAAGCAGAUACUACGAGAGUUGCAAUUCAACAAGAGUUGUAAGAGCCCGAACAUUGUGAAGUACUAUGGGAUGUUCUUAAACGAGGCAAAUGCCUCGAUCUGUAUCUCAAUGGAAUACAUGGGUGGGAGAUCACUGGAUGCCAUCUAUAAAAAGGUGAAGAAACGUGGUGGAAGAAUCGGCGAGAAGGUUUUGGGUAAAGUUGCAGAGUCUGUGCUUCAAGGAUUGUCGUAUUUACAUGAGAAUAGAAUCAUACACCGUGAUAUCAAGCCACAGAACAUCUUGUUGGACUCUCAUGGCCAUGUGAAGCUGUGUGAUUUUGGUGUCUCUGGCGUCGUUGUGAAUUCGCUGGCGACGACAUUCACGGGGACUUCUUACUAUAUGGCUCCUGAACGUAUCCAAGGACAUCCAUACUCUGUGACCUCUGAUGUAUGGUCCUUAGGACUCACGUUGCUGGAAGUUGCAAAGGGCCACUUCCCGUUGGACAUCGACAUCAAUGGCUGCUCCCCAAUCGAGGUAUUAACGUUGAUUAUGACGUUCCAACCAAGGCUAGAAGAUGAAGAUGGUAUCGUGUGGACUUUGGCAUUUAGAUCAUUUAUCGACUAUUGUUUGAAGAAGGAUCCCUCGGAAAGAGCUUCUCCAAGACAAAUGUUGAAGCAUCCAUGGAUCAUUGGACAGAGCAAGAAGAGCGUGAAUAUGGAAAAGUUUGUACAGAAGUGUUGGGAAGAUGAAACUAGUGGGGAAUAA